UGUUCAGUUGUCACGUGUCCCGCCUUACCAACACCUUCCAAUGGUACCCGUCAGGGAUGCUCAGGCGCAUCAACAGAAAUCUACAACACUGUCUGCCAGUUUUCCUGUCAUCCCGGUUUUGUCAGCUUGGGUUCCUCAUCUAGGACAUGCCUUCAGAACGGAAGUUGGAGUGGCCAAGAUUUUGCUUGCCAAGGUAAGAAUAUUAUUAGCGUAUUCGGCAUAAGCUUUCCUUAAAAUAAUCACGCUGGAAAUUUGGCCGUCGUUAAUGGACGUUCAUUGUUUUGACAAAGAUUGUAGUAUGCAAGCAACCAAAGGAGCCCGCAUGCAGUCCUAAUGUACAGAUUGCUACCGCGCAUUUACGACACGUAUGUAGCCAACAUUCGCUUGGGCUUCUAAACACCCACUAGCCCGCCCUUCCAGCCUAACCUUUGAUUAACUAAUCAGACUAGUCUAAAUUGUUCUCUUUGUGGCCAAACAGGUAGAAACGUUCAAGACAAAUUGGUAUGAUAUGUGAAAGGAAUUGUUAUAACGACAUUUUAUGUCAUCCUUUCCAGCAUUGAACAUGAUUUCGCUAUUGGAGAAAACUUUAAAAUAUUAGUUUGGUAAAAUGGAUAAAUGAAAAUAAACGAGGUAUAAUAGCGGCGUCGUAUUGUGAACCAAUGUUUAAGCAUGGUUUGGGUGGAGAAGAUUGGCAUAGAUUUAAAAAAGAGGAUUCCUUCGGGCUUUCAAUUGGGUAUUAUUUAGCAGUGCAAAAGAUGACAUUAAGGUUUAAGUAUUACAAGUAAGAAACUAAAAUGUGUUUUCCUUGCAUGUCAGCUAUCAUUUGUCCACUUCUGGCGACCCCACCUAAAGCGCUUCUACUGACUCCUUCCUGUGGGAGUACUUAUGGAUCAAGUUGCCGAUAUUCCUGCCAAAGUGGUUAUACCAGCUUCACCGGAAAAGUCACAAGAACUUGUUUGCUGAACGGUCAAUGGAGUGGAAAUGACAUAAACUGCACAGGUUAUAUUUAUAACAGAAUGUAAUCUUAGGCAAUUUUGCCUGGAUCAAAGUUCUUAGCUCAACAAAGGCCAGUCAAACUAAAGCAACCGCUAAACUAGUUUGCUUGAAAGCCCAGUUUAAAAACCAUCCUAUCCCAGGAAUGUUUUCAGAUUUCCCACAAUGAAAGAACAGUACAGUUUUCUUAUUUUAUAAUUCAUAGUAUGAUCUUAUUCUUUCGUUAGCUUGUUUGAUGAUUGAUAUGUUGUCAUGGCCUGCUCUAAUAGUAUUUAUUUUAAUUUAGGCAAUUUGUUUUCUUGUUUCUUAAGACACUCAACCCCCAGACUUUGGUGCCACAUGCCCGGCAAAACCAUUGACAGCCUAUGCCGAGAGAGAGAUGUUAUCUGCCUUGGUGAACUGGACCCGGCCGGUUGCCACUGACAACUCAGGUGUUUCAACAACAGUGACGUCAAAUUACCAGUCGCCAACAAGGUUCAGUCAAGGAACUCACGUGAUCACAUACACAGCGGUAGACCAAUCAGGAAACAAAGCCACCUGCACGUUUUUAGUCAUCAUUUUAGGUAGCAAAGACUGUAUCCAAUAAUAUUAAUUAUCUCCGUUUAAUUGUACUUUGCCCGACAGCAUAGAGGCCACUGCACUUCCUGAGGUUUAAUCCUGGGGCAUUUCAGACCCCUCGAAGUUAAAACUUUGGAUUUACGUGCUAUAUCUGUGAUUGAAUUAACUGAGGGGCUCUUACCUUUGAAUAAACUUAGUUAACGUUUUGUUUGACUUCCAUUUUGUCUUAUUCUAGGUGUUUAUCAACAGCAAUAAUUAAUAGUGAUAUCCCUUUUGUAUCUCUUAUUGGUCAGUGAUCAAUUGCACAUCUCUACGAGUUAGUCCUGGAGGUCCUUUACAAAUGGACAGUUGUGGUGAUCAUUAUGGUUCAAAGUGUAACUUCUCCUGUUCCGUUGGAUACCGUUUGAAUGGGUCUUCAACGGUGACAUGCAUUGCCCCUGGUAACAGCCCUCCGGGAGUCUGGGACAGCCCUAUUCCUGUAUGCCAGGGU